AAGUGGGACACAACUCAGCCUUGAUCCCAACUCCCAAGUCCUAAGUUCUCAACCAUUAGAGAAGACAAGGGACAGGUGGCAAGUUAUUAGAUACAUCUACAUGUCUUGUCACCUCUCCUGAGUCCCAGGUAGGAUUUAAGCCCCGUCAUACAGUUCUUUUGAGUGAUGAACCGGCGGGAGUGCUCACAGAUAGAGAAAGAAAGUGUUGCACGGGGAGAGAGUAUGAUGAAACUGACGAGAAAGUGGAUGAAAUUGAACUCUCGCAGGGAUGAAGACGAUAAUAAUUUAUCUCUCCCCACUCGUGACGACCCAUCUCUCGACGAUUUCCGUCCAAUCGACACUGAAGAACAAGAGGAGCUGGUUCGGUCCUUAGAAAGGAGCCAAGCUAAACAGAGUUUUCUCUGGAAGAGUGUAUUCGCGGCCCUUCUCUUUUGCUUUGCAGCAUUUCUUGUGUUAUCUAUCUUUCAUCAAGCUUCAUAUCCAUGGGAAUUGCGCUAUCAUGCUUACUUCAUGGAUGAGAUUGAGUCAUGGGUUGUCAUCUCUGCAGACUGGGUAGCUGUUUUAUCCUGUUUGAUGGCAAUUAUGGGGCUACUUCAAAGUUCAGAAUCUCAUCGACAAUGGAUUUGGUAUUCCUGCUAUGGUGGCAUUUUACUAACAGUGUUCUGGUUAUAUUACAUGCUGAGGAUGCCAAAAUUCCGAUGGGAUAUUAUAUGGCUCCCUUUUGGGCCUCUGAGUGGUGCUAUAAUAUGCCUAUAUGUGGACCAUCUACUCAGUGAGUCAUCUGAAGAAGUAAGAAAACUACGUGCCUACAUGUAUGCUUAUAAGGCCACCUAAAAGUUGAGGUUCAGGUUUGUUUUGUUCCUUCCGCUUUAUAGCGUUUCAAUGGUUGUUUCCGGAAUGGCACAGUGGAGCCAUUGAGAACAUUUCAUUCAAUACAAGGGGAAACCCGUUUACUCUGUCUGCACAAUGGGGAUGCCAGGCUCUUGAUACACACUACGCACUACUCCCGUUGAUGGACCUGUUGGUUUCUUUUCAAAGUUGACCCAGUCGGGAAAUUGUGGCUUUUUGCUUCUUUGUUCAUUUCCUGGACGUUUUUGUUGUUUGUACUUUGUAGUUAUAGAGAAAUUGAAGGAUCAAAUGUAAAAGGUGGUUGAUCUUGAUUCUUAAUUAUAUAAGCUCGUGUGGGAGAUGGUUUGUCGUUGGCCUUAA